CAGAGAAUCGAAUUGUGACUCCUUUUGCGUGCUCGCUGAUCGACCGUGCUGUUGCAGCAAAGAACGAAGGGAAGGUUGGCUCUGCAGCAGCAGACAGGUUUCGAAAUUCGGCAAGAUGGUUCUCUCUCAGAGAGAAGCAGAUGUGCAGAUGAUGCUCGCUGCCGAUGUGCAUCUCGGCACCAAGAAUUGCGACUUUCAGAUGGAGCGGUACGUCUGGCGCCGCCGAACUGACGGUAUUUUCAUCAUCAACUUGGGCAAGACCUGGGAGAAGCUGCAGCUCGCUGCCCGCGUCAUUGUGGCCAUCGAGAACCCACAGGACAUCAUCGUGCAGUCCGCUCGCCCUUACGGACAGAGGGCCGUCCUUAAGUUCGCCCAGUACACCGGCGCUCAGGCCAUCGCCGGUCGCCACACUCCAGGAACUUUCACCAACCAGCUGCAGAACACCUUCAGCGAGCCUCGCUUGUUGAUUUUGACUGAUCCCAGAACCGAUCACCAGCCCAUCAGAGAAGCGGCCUUGGGUAACAUUCCCACAAUUGCUUUCUGCGACACGGACUCGCCCAUGCGACAUGUUGACAUUGCUAUCCCCGCUAACAACAAGGGUAAGCACAGUAUCGGAUGCUUGUUCUGGCUCUUGGCAAGGAUGGUCCUGCAGAUGCGCGGAACCAUCACUCCCACUCGCCCAUGGGACGUUAUGGUUGAUUUGUUCUUCUACCGUGAGCCCGAUGAAACCAAGGACCGCGAGGAGGAGGAAGGUGGCCCAGCUGAGUUCACCGCCACUGAGUAUGUUCCACCGUCUGCUCUCGUGGCCACCGAAGGUCAAUGGGAGGGUGUUGAGGCCGGACAAUGGGAGGCUGAAGGCGCUGCAGUUCCCGCCGUGGCACUGCCUCCUGGUGUUGCCCCCGCUGAGUGGGUGGCCGCCGCCCCACCGGCUGCAGCUGGCUGGGAGACUGCCCCUGUUGCUGCCCCCUACGUCGCCCCGACUGUCGUCCCCACAGGUUGGGAGGCUGCCCCCGCCGUUAACGGAUGGGAGCCACUUCUAUAAACCAAUUUUGCUAUCGGAAAAAUGUCAAAAUGUUGACAGCAGAACAGGUCAUUUAGCGUCCUACAAAUGUUUUUACUCAUUGCCGGCUUAUUCAUCCAACACACUCAUCUACAAGAUUGUGCCUGAGAUUGUCCACUUGUCGUGCCUAAGCCCUCACAUUUAAUCGAUGCAAUAUUUGUACAGA